AGGAGGAGGAGGAGGAAGGAGGAAGGAGGAUCCACGAGGGCCCUUGAAGCCACUGGAAGGGGGCUGGGCCUCCCUGACAAUGCUCCGAGCCAAUAAGCACUUUCGCAAUCCCAACUUCGUCCUGUGGACUUUCCACUCAGGGUGCAGCACAUGACACAGACCUGCUGGUGCCUGAGAGAGGACGGAGCAGAAGGGGCUGACAUGCAGGAGGUACCGGAGGAGUGGAGGGAAGGAGGGGACGAGAGGAUGAUGAGGGAGCCGGUGAUGAAGAGGAGAGCCGGUCCGGAGAGCAGCGAGGGGAUGAAGGAGGGAGAGGAGGGGAGGAAGAGUGCAGGUGGAGAAGAGACUCCGAUGAUGGAGCUGUCGAGGAUGGUGCAGAAGAUGGUGAAGGAGAGCAGCUGGUGGGAGAGGAGGGGGGUGGACUGCUGCGUCCUGGCAGCCGCGCUCCUCUGUCUGCCGCCCGCCUUCCUGCUGCUGUCCUCCUCUCAGAUGCCCUGGUUCCUGGCGGGGGGGCUGCUGAUGGGCGUCGCUCACGCCGUCCUCGCCAUCAAGGGGACGCACCUGGCGAGCCACGGGUCGCUGAGCGAGUCGCCGGCCGCGGCCAGGUUCUGGGCCGUGUUCUUCAUCGAGAUCUGUGGCUCCUUCUCGGCUCAGGCCGGCGUGCAGGGACACAUCAAGAUGCAUCACGCUCACACUAACGUCAUCGGCCUCGGGGACUCCAGCGUCUGGAAGGUUCCCUUCCUGUCCCGCUCCGUCUACCUGUUCGUGGCGCCGCUGUUCUUCCCCAUCAUCACGCCACUGGUUGCACUGGCUCACCUCAAAGGUCAGUCGUUGGUGCUGAUCGUCAGAACCAUUCUGAUGAUCUCACUGGGCCUGUAUUCCCAGUACUGGCUGCUGAUCCACGUGUCCGGGUUCCAGUCGGCUCUCGGCGCCCUGCUGUGCAUGCUGGUCUGCAGAGCCAUGUUCUCUGUGCCGUACAUACACGUCAACAUCUUCCAGCACAUCGGCCUCUCCAUGUUCUCCCCGACCCAUCGACCCAAGAGGAUCUACCAGAUGACCCACGGCGUCUUGAACCUGCCUCGUAACCCGGUGCUGGACUGGAUCUUUGGACACUCUCUUAUCAACUGCCACGUGGAGCACCACCUCUUCCCCUUCCUGUCCGACAACAUGUGUCUGAAGGUCAAACCCGUCGUGUCCAAGUACCUGAGUGAGAAGCAGCUUCCCUACAAGCAGGACACUUACUUCUCCCGCCUCAGCAUCUUCUUCCACAGGUACCAGGAGCUGAUGGUGUUCGCCCCCCCCAUCACAGAGCUGGUGGGGGUGCAGUGACGGAGACAAACUGUUUCAGACUCUUUCAAACUGCUGCUGCUCAAAUAGCACAAGCUUCAGGUUUAAGCACAUCUCUGCUGACGUGAGUUUGAAUCCACGAAGCCGACUCGUUAGAUUCACGUGGUUUGUUUUGCUGUUUGGUUUCAAACUAACACGAUUUAUCUUCAGUGAUUUGAUCGACUGUCAAUCAGGAGCUGGAUGAGUCAGACCACAGCUCACUGACCUGGGGUCUGUCUCAUGAAGCAAGUUCAACUUCUUCAGCCUGAGUUUCCUGGAUCAACCAUAGCUGCCAGUAACUCCAGUAACAACCAGAAACAGCUGAGCUUAGUGGGACAGGCCCUGUUUUAUUAUAACAACGUUUAAUUCUUACUAAAGUGUUAAAUUAAUAUUUAAAAUGCCAGUGAACUGCAGCUACAGAACAUAAACAAUCAGCCUCAAGUCUUAUUUUUACAUUAUAAUAAUUGUAACAUAAUUGUAACAUGAACUUAAUCAGGAUUGUUUCUUAUUUCAUGGAAUCGUUGUCUUGUUAAUUCCAAACAUCUGCUUCAUUAAAGAUGAAACUGAGA